AUCAAUAUGGCCGACGUGUAGAACUUUUUUAAGUCUGGAUCAUACUUAAAAUGAAAAGAUUCAAGGAGAAGCAAGAUCGCUAGAUACUCGUUAUGGAUAAGUUUGUCAUUCGAACUAAACGCUCCCCCAAACCUGAGCGGAAAAUUACGGAGACGGCGAACAGGAAGAAGCAAUCAACGAUUGAAAGCCUAGCGAGUGUGGUUGUAGUGGAAGAAAUACAGCGUCUAAAGCUCGAAUUGGAGAAUGAAGUUUCCACAUCGGAAACAAUUUUGUCAGCACUGAAAGGCUUGGGCGCAAAAAAUUUGUCAAAAGAAGUGUUAAUGUCCACCAAAAUUGGACAUACGGUGAAUCGUUUGCGACGUCAGGGAAGUACCGAGGAGAUACGGCAACAAGCCAAGGUUGUGUUCAGGAGAUGGAGACGAUUUGUCAGAGACUUGGAAAAGGAGAAACCCUUAAUAGAGGUUCAUUGUGACAAGAAGACUGAAGUGUUAAGAGGAAAGGGGAGGCAGUUGAUUGCUGAUGCUCUUCAAAUGACCCCUUCAGAACAUUUACCAGAGCUUAUUGAAAGAACAGUGUUCCAUACAUUUGGUAGACUUAUAAACAAUACCUACAAGAGGAGGAUGCGCUCUUUGGUUUUUACUUUGAAACACAGAGGCACCAUCCGAGAGAAGGUUAUGAGUGGCGAGAUAUCAGUCAAGAAGCUUGUUUCAUCCCCUGUAGAGCAACUCACCUAACAAUUUAUAACAUGGUCUUUUAUCGCAUUGAAAAAACAUUUAUAUUUUAAUAUUGAAUGAACAUACAGUUUUCUUUCGAAGCAGGACUUUAAAAAAGUAGAUAUACCAUAAUUUUUUUUUUAUUUUUAUUAUGUUAAGAAAUAAAAUCUGUGUGUAAUAAUUAAAUAAAGAUUAACAUUGGGAACCAAUUUUUUGACAUACAACAUCUCUUAUAGUUGUAGCUGCAGUAAGCGAUAUAGUGUGCUUACCAUACAAUUGACCAUCCAUGAUCUCUUAUAUGACUUUUUAACCAUCCUUAGUUUCCUCAGAGAACCCAACUUAUUUCAUGGGGAACUUUUUAAGGUGAUUUUGCACACACUUUGAUGCUCUAAGUGAGAGGUCCAUAUUGUAAGUCAUGGACCAACUUUUUUGCGCUUGGAUUUAUGACCCAAAUGAAAAGUGUGCAGGCCAUAAAUCUGAGCAGAAAAAAAAAA